GCCGGCGGACCCGGACGGUGCAAAGAAGACGCGCGCGGCCUCUUGGUGCGCAAGGAGGCCGCUCUGGCGGCGACGGCGGUGCAAGUCCGCCCGUGGACAGCAAGGGCAACAUGGAAGUGAAGGAUGGAAAUGCAGCCCUUCUCAGCAAUUAUGAGGUCUACAAAUUGUUGACUGAUUUGAAGCAGCAGUGCAAAGAGCCUGGGAAGAGCAAACAGAGUGUUGGCCAGCAGAAUCUGAACACAAUCACGUAUGAAACACUGAAAUACAUAUCAAAGACGCCAUGUAAGUUCCAGAGUCCUGAGAUUGUUAGAGAUUUCCUCAUAGCACUGAAAAAUCAAAAGCUAACAAAGGCAGAAAAAUUGCAACUACUCAACCACAGGCCUGCAACUGCUGUUGAAAUCCAGCUGAUUGUGGAAGAAAGUGAAGAGAGGCUUACAGAAGAGCAAAUUCAAUCCCUUCUCCAGACAGUCACCAGCAUGCUUCCGGGAGACCCAGAAAAAGAGCAAGAGCAGCAAUCCAUGGUUGUGGAAGAGGAGGGGAGCCAGACAUAGGAGAAGUAUAAAUGACUUGAACUGCAGGAGACCGCCUUCCCCAUUUUAGCAUCAGGAAGGGUUGGCCAAACUCUUCAUUUGCUAUGAGAAUCUGCAGAUUUCCCACGGUUUCCAUGAUGACUAAGCAGUGUUGUCACUAUAUGUUUUUCCAUUGUUUGUACACCACAGGAGAAUUAUUAUUUACAGCAUAAACUUUUAAAGGGAAAAAAAUAACUCUUGUCUUUAUGUUUUAUCUAUUGUAAAUGCAACGUGAAUUGAGGUUUAUGCCGGGGCAAAUGCUACUAUUGACUUCACAAUUUUCAUGCUUCUCUACUGCAAUAUGAAUCUGAGUUCAUCCCAAGGCGGAUGCUACAAUUGGCGUCACAAUUUUCAUGCUUAUCUACCUGGAAAGUUUUACACAUGAAUAGCACAGAUGUUGGCAUUAUGGACUUGUUCAUUUAUUAGAAAAGUGCAUUCCAAUUUUCCUGUUAUUACUAAAAGGUAUCACAUAUAAAGUAGCAGAUUAUUCAUUAUA